GACAGUGAUGAGUUGUCAGAAGCAUUGUCUGCUGGAGUUCAGCGACUGCAUUUGCCAGAGUAUAAAUCAAGCCCCGUCCCUCCGUCUGACAUCAGGUUGGACCAGCAAUCCGCAGCUUCAUAUUGUACGUGAGGGUGCAGAAUGUCUCAGACCACCAAGAGCACCACGCAGGAUAAGGGCAGUGCCCCGGUUGCCACCCCAGGCUUCAAGAACCCAAAGACCAGAGAACCAGCUAUGGGCAACUUCAAGAUCUACAUCUACGAGCAGGAGAACUUCCAGGGGCGAUUCAUCGAGUUCUCCAGCGAGUGCGUCAACCUGUGCGACCGCAACUUCGACAGAGUGGGCAGCGUCCGAGUGGACUGUGGGCCCUGGGUUGCUUACGAGCAAGCAAAUUUCCGUGGGGAGAUGUUCAUCUUGGAGAAGGGCGAGUACCCACGCUGGGAUUCUUGGUCCAACAGCUACAGAAGCGACCGAUUCAUGUCGUUCCGCCCUGUCUGUAUGGAUAACCAAGAGCAUAAAAUCAGCCUGUACGAAAUGGCCGAGUUCCAAGGGAACAAGAUGGAGAUCAUGGAAGAUGACAUCCCCAGUCUGUGGGCCUACGGGUUCAGUGACCGAGUGGGCAGUGUGAGGGUCCACAGUGGAACUUGGGUCGGCUACCAGUACCCUGGAUACAGGGGCUACCAGUACCUGUUUGAGAUGGGAGACUUCAAACACUGGAAUGAAUGGAGCGCUCAGCAGCCUCUGAUGCAGUCCAUCCGCAGACUGCGAGACAUGCAGUGGCAUCAGAAGGGUUGCUUCCAGGUGUCCAGCAAGUGAGAACGUUCCACGCCCCACCACCCAGCUUGGACUCACGUUCAGACGAAGGUUUCGUCCCCAUUUUUAAAUCACUUGGAGCUGGCGAUUUCUCUGCCCUUUACAAUGUAAGGCAGGUUUUGUUUCAGAAUCCCAAAAUGUACUCUGUGAUGCAAAUAAAGAAAGUGGAUGUAA